UUUUAUCUGGUUAAGGCCACACCCUGCUCUAGGCAUCCAAGACUAUAAGGUGCAGAGAAGAUUCCAAUCUGCAUUGGUGGAAGGAGCUACCUCAUUUGAGAGUUCCCUACACCAGUGAAAUCGCAGGUUCCGAUCCUAUCCCUGUGCCAUCACUUUUUCAGCCAUUACCCUAAUCGAUGAGCACCCAUUUUGUUUCCAUUUUACAAGAGAAAAAUGCCAUUAUAAGUAUUUUUGUGCAUAUGGGUCCUUUUCUUUCUUUCAUUUACCUAGGGUAUAUGCCUAAUAUUAGGAUUUCUGGGUAAAGGGGUAUGUACAGUUUAGUGACUUUUUAGGAGCUGUCCCAAAUUGCUUUUAGAACAAUUGGACACAUUCUCAGUUUCACCAACAGUGCAUUUGUGCAGGGCCAUUUCUAAAGCAUGGAACAGUCCCUUCCUCUGGAGAUGGUGACAGCUUGGUAAAAGGGACCCAGGAGUAUUGAGUGGAAGAGAAAAAGAGAGAACUGGGAGUAUGAUGGGCAGAAAGCAAAUAACCAGGAACCAUCUUUGUGGGGGAAUGACCAGCUAGGUCCCGUUUUUGAGAGGUGAAGUGGCUCUGUAGACAGCAGGAGAAAGGCUGUUGGAGGCAUGGGAAAUAAUCUUUGUUGAUUGUAAGGAAAACCAGGGACUUUUCCUAUUUUUGGUGUUUCAGGUUAUGCCUUAAAUUAGUAGAGUCCCAAAGAGAGCGGAUCUAAGGUAGAGGAUAAAGAUAGGCUGUGGAUGAUGGAAAGACAGGACGAAAGGGCUUGGAGGGUAAAACACAACAACUGGAUCGCUUCACAGUUUUCCUCCACCCUCUGUUGCAUCUCUAACAGAUGGCCCUCACUCCUCAGAUGUCCCUCUGAGAACAUGGGCUGCAUUGUUAGUUCUUGUUAGUUCUUUGGGCCCCCAGAGUGAUUGAGAAUGACAUGUUCUUAUACUUGUCACUGACACUUUUUUGUCUCCCUGAGCCCAGAGAGAAGCUACUCUCACUGGUGUCCAGUUCAUGGUGGUGGCAACACAGUAACAUGACAGACAGAGUUUAACCCCCAGAGCCAAGGCCCAUCUGGAGUGAAAUCAUCCUCUGAGGUGAAUGAUGGCUGCAGCCUCAGGCCGCCAGGUACAACCUCCACAGAAAAACUACACCCAGGGUCAGAAAACUGCCCUUCAGGUGGAAGGAACAGCUGACUCAGAAACCUUCCGUCAGCAUUUCAGGCAGUUCUGCUACCAAGAGGUGGCUGGGCCCCAUGAAGCUUUUAGUACGCUCUGGGAACUUUGUUGUAGGUGGCUGAGGCCGAAGACAAACUCGAAAGAACAAAUCUUGGAAAUGCUGGUGCUGGAGCAGUUCCUGACCAUCCUGCCUGGGGAGAUCCAGGUCCAGGUGAGGGAGCAUCAUCCAGAAAAUGGCGAGGAGGCUGUGGCACUCGUGGAAGAUUUGCAAAAAGAGACUGAGGGACCAGAACAACAGUUUCCAGUCAGUGUGCAAAACCCAGAAAUGAUUAUGGAGAAGAUAGUGACCGUGGGUACAGCACAGGAGUCCAUGAGCUACCACCUAAAGCAACAGGAGAACCAGCAGGAGGAAGAUCCCUCAAGGAAUGCAUCGUGGAGCCCUCAUCAGGGACCACAGGACCAGUCAGACUGUGAACAGGAGCCUCAACUCAGACCAGAGACCAGGCUUACUUCCCAGGUUUCUUUCUGUCCCCGGGAGAGAAGGAAGAGAACCCAGGAGAUGGAAGCUGUGACCCUUACAACUGAGUUUCAGGAACCAGUCACAUGUGAGGAUGUGACCGUGUCCUUCUCCCAGGAAGAGUGGAGGUGUUUGAAGUCUUCUCAGAGGGUCCUCUACAGGGGUGUCAUGCAGGAGAAUUACCGAAAUGUGGACUCAGUGGGACUUCCCAAACCUCUUCUGAUCUCUGGGGUGGAACAUGGAAAAGAUAUAUGUAUUCCACAUCUUCAGGGUUCCAAGGAAACAGAGAUCCUAAGUAGCUCCCAUACAAAUGAGAACCGAGUACAAACUGAUGAGAAACAAGCAAAGAGAGAAGGAAAAAACUGGGGAGACCAGAAGCAACAGUGGGACUUGGAGGAUGAGAAAAUCACAGGUUUAGAAAUCAAGGACGUGAUCAAAAAGGAGGCUCUGAAAUUGGAAUAUUCAGAAGAAGAGCAACCGAGCAGAACAACACCAGGAAGAUUUAAUCGCCAAAUUUUCCAAUAUCCUGUUCUGAAAGAAGCCUGUGAGACUGUGAGCAAGUUAAGAAAACAACUUGUGAAUUUUCCACGAGAGAGACAAGGGAAACCAGCUUUCCAGGAGAGAGACUUAAUGAAGAAACUAGGCCAACAGAAACUCUCUGUUGGAGAAAAACACUAUAAACAGCUUGCAUGUGGAAAUAGCUUCUCUCAAAAUUCCCACAAGUUACCUCCUGCAUUAGAAAAGACUACUAAAUGUCACGAGUGUGGGAAAAGUUUUAGCCGCGGUUCUUAUCUUGUUAGGCAUCAGAGAAUCCACACAGGUGAGAAACCCCAUAAAUGCAACGAAUGUGGGAAAAGUUUCAGUGAGCGUUCCAACCUCACUGCCCACCUGAGGACCCAUACGGGAGAGAGACCCUACAAGUGUGGCGAGUGUGGGAAAAGCUUCAAUCAGAGUUCAAGCCUCAUUGUCCACCAGAGAACCCACACAGGAGAAAAGCCAUAUCAGUGUAAUGAGUGUGGGAAAAGGUUUAACAACAGCUCCCAGUUUAGCGCUCAUCGGCGAGCUCACACUGGGGAGAGUCCAUAUAAAUGUAGGGAAUGCGGAAAAAGCUUCAACAAUAGUUCCCACUUCAAUGCCCAUCAGAGAACCCACACUGGUGAGAAGCCCUAUGAGUGUCCUCAGUGUGGGAAGAGCUUCGGCAAGAGCUCUGCCCUCACUAGACACCAGGGAGUUCAUAUGAGAGAGAAGUUUCUGAUUCAGUCAAGGCUUAAUGUACUUGAGAGAAACAUAUCAUGAAUAUAUGAUGCUUGGGGGAAAGGAUGAUAGAGAAUUCUUUAAUCACAGCUGGCUAACAGGUGCCUGUUAAGGUUUUCUUAACACUCUCACUGAGGCGGAUCCAUAUCCUAAGAACUAUCUCUUAUUGGCUUUGUGUAGAGUUGAGGAACAGACUUCUCAGCUCUGAACUACAUCUGCCCUAUUACAUAGUUUCACCCUCACUAAGGCAAAGAAAUGUGAUCCAUGAAUUCAGCCUUGGAAUAGUCUUUUCUUUCUCUGAUCCCAUGAGCACUUAAAGAUGUGCAGACAGACCAAUGGAGGUGAAAAGCAUUUCAGGUCUAGUCUUGGUUUUUCGUUUUUAGAUUUAGAACUCUGAUUCCAUCAGUAUACGGAACCCCUAAUGUGUAAACUCUUCCCACCAGUAAGCAAGUUACAUUUAACUUAGAGUCGUAGAAAUUGCUUGGAGUUCUGAAAGGUUGUGACUUGCCCAUGGUAACCCAACUGUCCGUGUCAGAGAUAAUGACUGGAACCAAGGCCAGGAUAUGUGGGAUCACAUAUCCUUCAGGUAGGGGUAGUUAAUACUGUAGCAUAUUUCCUCUUUAGGUGAAUGUGCAUUCAGAAUUAAGCCAUAGCUAACCAACCAGUAAUUCAGUUUUAGGUCCCUGAGGAUCUUUGGCACUAUGACCUAUUCAGGAAACAGGAAGAUGUUCACAAUUGCAUAGAAGGAAUAGAAAAAUAUUACCAAUAAAGUGGGGUGCAGUAGGGUCAAGCCAAUGUAGAAUGACUUGGUCUUAGAACAUAUGUAAUAUUUGGGUUUGCCUUUUAAAAAAUUGAAACAAAAUACAAUGUAGCGAUCUCUUAUUUUGUCCCAAUUCUAGCCUGUAAGUUAAGAAUGUGGCUGUUAGAAAAUGGCUUGCCUUUCCUUCAACAAAUGUUUGUACUAGUUUGUAAACAUUACUGUUUCUGAUGAAAAUAAAAGUCUCCCCUAA